AUGUCAGAUUCCGAUGGCGAGUACGUCGCCGACGACAUGUCGGACGACUUCAUGGACCACCAAGUAACGAGCACAACCGAAGCCAGAGACGCCUCCAGGAGUCGUCGGCGCGACAAAAAAAGCCACCAAAAAGGCGGACGCAAAGCGGCGUGGGAAGACGUCAAGAGAAGCUGGGACACCGUGGUCGAGGGCCAGGACGGCAGCCUAUCGAUAGCGGAAGUGAUCGAGGCGCAGAAGCGCAAGAGGUUAUUACGGGACACGACGCCCCUCGAAAGGGGAAUCAUACGGCACCUGAUGCUCGUCAUCGACAUGUCGUUCGCCAUGGCCGAGAAGGAUCUCCUGCCGACGAGGUACCGACUUACGAUGACGUUUGCGGCCGAGUUCGUCAAGGAGUAUUUUGAGCAGAAUCCGAUUUCGCAGAUGGGGAUCAUUGGGAUGAAGGAUGGCGUGGCGGUUAGCGUGAGUGAGAUGAGUGGGAAUCCGACGAGUCAUUUGGAGAAGGUGGCGAGGUGGAGGGAUGAGGAGCCGAAGGGUAAUCCAAGCUACCAGAAUGCCUUGGAGAUGUGUCGCGGUGCACUAUUCAAUACGCCUUCCCAUGGCACACGAGAAGUCCUAAUCGUCUCUGGCGCCAUCCUCUCCAGUGACCCCGGCGACAUCAACGAAACGAUAGCAAGCCUCAUCCAAAACAACAUCCGCGUCUCCAUAAUCGGCCUAGCCGCGCAAGUAUCCAUCUGCGAAGAGAUAUGCCGACGGACAAACGCCGGCGACACGACGCAAUACAACGUCGCCAUGGACGAGAAGCACUUCCGCGAGCUCUUCCUCGACAAAACCACACCGCCGGUAACCCGCACCGAGGAGCAGAACGCCGCGAGCCUCCUCAUGAUGGGGUUUCCCUCGCGCACGCUCGCCUCGGGGACGGGUAUCAACUACUGCGCCUGCCAUAAUAAACCCCUCAGGGAAGGUUACCGGUGUACACGCUGCGGCACAAAAGUCUGCCGCAUACCCGCCGACUGUCCUGGCUGCGGGCUCACACUCAUCCUCUCGACGCAUCUCGCCAGAUCCUACCACCACCUGUUACCCCUCCGCAACUUCGUCGAAGUCCCCUGGUCGGAAGCCGCGAGGUCCACGGCGUGCUUCGCCUGCCAAGCGCCGUUCCCCGAACCCCCUAAGAAGGGCCCUUCUACUGAGCCGCCAGCCCCGAAACCUCCUGAGGUCAAGGGCGUAAGCGAGAGCAGCAGAUAUGCUUGCAAGAACUGCCACUCCCACUUUUGCGUCGACUGCGACGUCUUUUGCCACGAGACGGUGCAUAAUUGCCCCGGCUGCGAAGCCGGUCUCCGAAAACCUAGGGCUCGGCCGGUGGAGACUAACGGAAACUCUACGAAUGGGCACACGAACGGUGCGAUGAUCAUUGAUUAA